CAUCUUCUUACUGUCUUUUUGGGUCAAGAAAUCAGCAACAUCAUGCGAUCACUUUCGUUACUCACACUGGCUAGCAGCGCCAGCGCCGCAGUCCACGGCUUCAACUAUGGGGCUUUGUAUGCAGACCAGUCAGCCCGCACUCAACAAGACUUCGAGGCAGACUUCAACGCUGCGAAGAACCUGCCUGGCUCGCAUGGCUUCUCCUCCGCACGUCUCUUCACCAUGAUUCAGGGCUACACAACCAACACGGUGAUCUCUGCCAUCCCAGCCGCUAUCGCGACAAACACAAGCCUCCUCCUCGGCCUGUGGGCUAGUGCUGGUCCCGACGCUUUCAACCAGGAGAUUACAGCUUUGAGAAACGCCAUCAACCAGUAUGGCACAAGCUUCACAGAUCUGAUUGUCGGCAUCUCGGUUGGGUCUGAGGAUCUUUACCGAGUCUCGCCAACGGGAAUCGAGAAUGACAGUGGUCCAGGCUCAUCGCCUGAUCAGCUUGUGGGAUACAUUGGCCAGGUUCGUGACGCCAUUGCAGGCACAGCAGCAUCUGGAAAAUCUGUCGGACAUGUCGAUACAUGGACUGCAUACACCAACAGCUCGAAUGCUGCCCUGAUCAACGCCGUUGACUGGCUUGGGAUGGAUGGAUACCCAUACUACCAGACUGUCAAUGCCAACGGAAUCGAGAAUGCCGAGUCACUCUUCUUCCAGUCGUACGACGCUACUGUAGCCGUUGCACAAGGCAAGCCUGUUUGGGUCACUGAGACCGGAUGGCCAGUGACUGGACCUCAAUCAGGCCAAGCUACAGCCUCUAUUGCCAAUGCUGGAACGUACUUCAAAAACGUCGGCUGUCGCCUGCUCAAUGGCGACUACAACAUCUGGUGGUACCAAUUGAAUGAUGGCCAGACUGACCAGUCGGCCACCUCAUUCCGUGUUAUCAAUGCUGAUCGUGGAGCACCCCUCUACGAUCUGUCUUGCUCUAGCUCCGCCGAAAGCAGUUCUCCCCAGGCUGCCAGCCAUACCACCCUCGCUACUGCCGUAAAGUCCGCCGCGAUUGCCGCAACAUCUGUCGCCAGCAUUCAGACUGUACCAAACCCACCAGCGACUACCGUGGGCUCUGCAGCUUCUGCAGCUACCAGUGUCAUCUCUGCACCAGCUGGCUCCCAGGGCGCAGUCCAGUCUGCAGUCCAGUCUGCCAAGCCAUCGACUUUGGUGACUAUUGCUAGCUCCUCUGCUUCAUCGGCACCAUCCUCUGCACCCGAAAGCAGCGACUGCCCCACCAACUUGAAUGGGGUAUUCGAGUAUCCACAUCUUCUUGUCCCGGUCGACUCUGCCAACCCUUCAAAGGCCUAUGGUACACAGUACAACGGAACGAUCUCAUCCACCACGAGCAGCAUCUUUAACUUUGAUAUUCAUCCGGACCAUGCUGGAAAGACAUGUUCCGUUGUCUUCCUUUUCCCAGAGCAGAAGGAUCUGACCAGCUCUGCCUUCACUUUCAACGGCAAGGGAGGUCUUCACUGCUCAAAGCUUGUCUCUCCGGCCAACGAGCAGACUACGUACGCCAACAAGCCAGCUGGCAGCGGAGCUAGCAGCGCGAUCUCCUCCAUUGCGCCCGGAAAUGGCUACACGAUCUUCACUGGCAAGUGCGAGGCAGGCGAGCGAGUCGCGUACGAGUUCUCGAGCGCGGAUGGAUUGGAGCUUGAGUACUUCCAGGACUAUAACCCAUCCCCGAUCGGUGCUUACAUCACCGUCUGCUAAGCGGCUGAUCAUCGUACGAGGUAUGAACAAAAGUAUGAGGCAUAUAUUUACGAGCACACGACUACAUUUGUAUAGACUAGGUUGGAGAUCUGGGGUAGUGUAAUGUCAAAUUGGAGACUUUCACCCUGUAG